UACACCAUUCAAAAAUCAAAACUCUCACACCAUACCUACAUUUUGAUACACAAAUUAUCCACACACAAAAAAAAAUGUCUAGCUUCACUCAUGCUACUACACUACUCCAUGCUCACAUCAAAACCAAACACAAAACCACUUCAAAAAAUUCAAACAACAACCCUUUACCUCUUAACCAAAAUGUAACCAAUAGAAGGAAACUAAUUUCAACAUUUCUAGCCACAUCAAUACUUGGAACAAAUGUUAGCACAACACCAAUAGCACAAGCACAAAAUUGGGGCACACGUUCUUUCCUCAAAGAACAUUUUUUUGAGCCAGGGCUUUCCCCUGAAGAUGCAGUUGCAAGGAUAAAACAAACAGCUGAAGGGUUACAUAGUAUUAGGGAAAUGUUGGAAACUAUGUCUUGGAGAUAUGUUAUGUUUUAUAUAAGAUUAAAACAGAACUACCUUGGACAGGAUUUGAAAAAUGCUCUCUCUACUAUGCCUGAAAAUCGUCGCAAGGAGUAUGUUAAAAUUGCUAAUGAGUUGGUCGACAACUUGACUGAGAUGGAUCGUUAUGUUCGGUCGCCAAAGGUAUAUGAAUCCUAUGUAUACUACGAGAAGACGUUGAAAUCAAUAGACGAACUUGUGGCUAUGUUAGCAUAAUAAUGCAAGAUUGAAGCUGCAGCAGGGUAUUUGGAAUUCUAAUUGUAUAAAAACAUCUUGACAUUUUUUUUUCUGAAUUUUGGAUUUUGAAUAUUAAACAUAUAUAGAAGGUUUAUUUUAGAAUGUUAUUAAACAUAUUAUAUAUGUAAAUGUUUGUAUUAGAACAUGCAA